AUGGGGCGACAGGGCUUGAGCGGCGGCAUGGCGCAGGGAGUGCAGGGGCGCAGCUCCCCCAGCUCGCAGCGGUGGCGUGGAUCUGCCGGUGCUGCCCGCAGCACCGGCGAGGGACCCGACGGGCGGUGGCGGCAGAGCUCUGGGCGGCCGCGGCACCGGCGGGGGAGCACGACAGGCUGUGGUGGCAGAUCUCCAGGUGGAGCUCGAGGGCGGUGGAGUUUCGGGGGGGAGCUCGAGGGCCAGCGAAUCGAGGUCCGGGCGGAGCUGGAGGGGUGGCGGCGGAGCUCGGGGAGCGGGGGCAACGAAAAGAGUUCCGCUCCCUGCCGCCGCUCCGUCCGGCCCUCCACCAAGCUCCCCUCCAGUCCGGCUCCCCGUCGCUCGCCGCCCCUCCACGUCCCGCGCCAACCGGCCCUACCCCGCGUCCAAGCCUCGGCGCCGCCCGCCGAGCCCUCGCCGCUGCGUUCCCCGCCCGCGUCACCGUCCCCGAGGAGAUCCACAUCCGCCGCGCCGUCGGAGGCCCUCUCCUUCCUCGUCGCGAGAACCUUCUCCAGCAACGGCGCCUCGUCUUCCUACUCGAAGCCGCUGCCCUCGCUCUUCCGCGGCGUACGUCCCAGCCCCAAGCCCGGCGCCGCGCUAGCCGGCGCUGCCGCGGCAUCCCGAGCGGUCCUUACCCCGCACGCGGCUGCAAUCAAGUCCCGCCGAUCAGUCUCGGCGCCCGUCGAGAAGCUCCUGGAGGAGGGCAGUGGCUUCGAGGCCUCCGAGGAGCUCCCUUCCACUGGAAGCUUGGAAACAGAGGUAGAAGAAAAGGGGAACUCGGAAUUGGUUCCUGGACCGACAGAGCAAACUGCCAGUGGGAGUGGGACUGAAGAAUUUGAAGAGGAGAAACAUGCAGAAGUAGAAAUUGAAGAGAGUUCUGGGUCUACGAAGCUGGUGGAGGCGAGUACCCUUGACUCUGUAGUCGCUGACGAUUUCAGUGGGCAUGAGCAAACAGCUGAAAAUGGCAGCAUGGUGGAAACCGAUCAAGUUGAGAACCAUACUGCAGUUGUCUAUGAGGAAAAUGCAUAUGACCAAACUGGAGAUGAUAAUUAUGUGCAAUCAGCUCAGAGUAUAGAUCCAAUUGGGUCCGUUUCUGAGGAAAGUUUUGAUGAUGAUUGGGAGGCCGACAGAUCCGACAGCAUCAUCGAAGACCAAGUGGAAUCUGAGAGUUCAAUUGAUAAGGUGAUCGAGGAGAGAAUGGGGCAGCUGGAGAUCAGCAGGAAGGCUGAAAAGAAUGCAGAGAAGAAACAGAAAGUGUCGAUGAAACCGUUGGAGUUGGCAGAGGAGCUUGAGAAGAGGCAGGCCUCGUUUGGUCAACACUGGAAAGAAGGAGCAGCUGCCCAACCCAUGCAACUAGAGGGGAUAGGAAAGGGCCCACCAGCUAUUGGUUACAUGCAAAUCGAGAUGGACAACCCAGUAACUCGUGCCAUGUCCUCACCGUCAUUUACAUGCAAAUUGAGGUGCUGGCAGUUCAUAGGAGCUAUAUAGCGAUGGGCACGUCUAAAGGUGUUGUCAUUGUCAUUCCAAGCAAAUACUCCAUUCAUCAAGCUGAAUAUAGCUAUAUAGCUAUAUAGCCAUAUACUCCGGAUUCAGUAUUUCGAUUUUUGUUUCUUUCAGCAAACAAAGGAUUCCAACGACACUAGUAGCCGACAAUGUGAAUUUGAUGGAUUUCACAGUACACUACGAUAUCCAUGCGCCACGCAGUUGCGUUUGACAUCACAAUUUCUUAGACACAUCACGAGUGAUUUCUCCUACGAGAAUGCAUUGGGAAGCGGCGGAUUUGGAGACGUUUACAAGCACAGAAGUGCUGGCACAACGCAGGUCCUCUACUCCCUGGGAGGCAAAAGUGUCUCGGCUGAAAUGCGAGAAAGGUUGCUCUGCUUUGAGUAUGUACCUAACAAAAGUCUUCGUCAGCACAUUUCAGAUGUAUCUUGUGAACUCAAAUGGCAUGUGAGAUAUGGGAUAAUCAGGGGGAUUUGCUCCGGUUUGCAUUACCUUUACAGCAGGGAACAUGGUAUUGCUCACAUGGACCUUAAAUCUGAAAAUAUAUUACUCGAUGACAAUAUGGUACCGAAAAUUGCAGAUUUCGGUUUGUCGAGACUCUUUGGCAAAAACGAAUAUCGAAUUAUCACGGGAAGUCAUGAAGGGACAUUGUAAGCUAGCUAAAACGACGCCUUCUGCAUGGGGAUUCAUGGCACCAGAGUAUGCGAAUCAAGGUUUGAUAUCAAAGAAGGCAGAUAUCUUCAGUUUGGGUGUAAUAAUCCUGGAGGUAGUGACACAUCACCCUCGGUUUCCUGCCGUCCGAGGAGGCAAUGCCGACGUGCGCGUGCUCGCGCCGGCUUCACGGUCAUGGCCGACAACCACGUUCCUGAAGAUGGCCAAAGGAGUGGUGAUUAUGAUCAGGGUACAUCUCAUCCUGAUCCUACUGAAUCCCAGCAGUUCACGGUCACGGAUGAUCUUAACGACCAUAAGAGCUGUACUGACUGCAGUUUUUGUCCAACUAAAUCCCAGCAAUCCGUGGUCAUGGGUGGUAAUGAGCCUGCAGGUCAUCACGGCCGCUGAAACCUUAGUUGCCGUUGGAGUUGUGACUGCAUUUCUAACCCUAAACUGGCUAAAGUAUUUUAGAAAUUUAUGGCCAUGGGUGAUCUUAGUAUUUGGGAUCGGAGUACCGGCUACGGUUCUUGACGGUGUUGAAGAGAAACUAGCUCUAGGAUCCUUAUGUCUUUUCGGAUAUGUGUGUACUGCUGGCUGCUGCAGUUACUGCGGGCGGUGAUCCCUCGCAGGAAUUUAGCUUAUGGUAUUCAUCGUAAAGUAAAGAAAGAGUAAAUUUCAUCUAAUCCAGUGGUCUUUAAAUU